AUUGUGCAACCACAAACGAAGACCAAUUGCUUGAUUUUCUGCAUCCUCUCAAGUCGCACAACGUGAACUCCUCGCUGCUUUCAAUAUGCCCACAAAUGCUUUCCGCGCUCCCACCCAGCUUCGUCUACCACCUGCAGCCAACGUCCCUGAACUGGGCCAUAGCUAUCAAUACUAAAUUCAUUGAGGAGGGCGCAUACGCACAGUUUCUACUAGCAAUAGCAUAGCACUGCAAGCAUACGUAGUAUGGCGGACAACGGCGAAGUUUCUCAAGAUGACCAGUCGCGACCUCGACAUCACAGUCCUCAGCCAGGUAUCUCGGAUGUGCGUCGUGAGGGUGUGAAAGAUUCAUCCAGUGGUCAGCCUGUUGAAAGCCCACGCGCACACCGCCGUCCUUCGCGCACCCAUUCAGUCACCCAAGAUUCCGCACGGUCCAUAUCCCCAUACGAAGACACGGAUAAGGGACGUGUCAAGAGAAGCAAGCAAGAUCGAAACAUGUCGAAGAAGAUUACCCGAAGUGACUCUGUCCAAGACUAUACGUCAUCGGUAUCACAGUCCGGGGAGCUGAACUGGGAAGAAGACGCCGAUGCUUUCAUCCCAAAACUCGGUCAAAUCCUGGAGGAUAGAGAGAAUAGGCCGUCGAAGAAUCGUGCCAGUUCUACAGUCAGUUCCACGGUCAGCUCUUCAGUGGAUCCUCGUGUUCGUCGCCGUCGUCGAACUGAAGACAGCGAUCUGGGUCAUUCACGAGUCCGAGAGAAGCACAGCUCAUCACGGCGGCGCCAUGAGAGUCUGGCUAGCCAGCCGAAUUCCUCUCUAGGCUUGAAUCUCUCUGGAUUAACACAGCAGCCUAACACGUCUAAUGAAAGUAACUCCACUAUCACGCAGCAGUACUAUCAUGGCCAGGGCUAUCACAUCGAGCCCUACGAAAAAGAGAGACUGUCUAUGCCUGCGAGUGCGAAUAGCCCGACAGUGAGUGAGAUGGAGCCUGCACAAUCUAACGUAUUUCAAUACAUGACCAACGACCCUAUGCCUGAGCAAUUUGUGGGUGGAGUUCCUCACGGCGUUCGACCUACUGCUUCGUCCUCGUCUUCAUUCGAAGCUUCUCACACUCAGGAUGGCUCGUCUUCUAACGCGGAGGAAAACCAGCAUUCGAACAUUUCACCAGCAACCUCGCCAGCUUUGACACGAAGAUCCAACAGUGAUGUAUCACACCGUCGUCGCCGUCGUCAGCAUCCACGUGAUCCUAAAGUGCCUCUCUAUGCAAGUAGCUUCGUUCAUGGCCAUGGUAGUCAAGGGGGUGAUUCGGAAAAUGUUGAGAACGAGGAAAGUAAUGAGGAGGGCAGUACGGAAGAACACAAUGCGAAUUCCUACCCUGUCGAUACCCAUUACGCGCACCCUGCCGCGAGGAACGCUCAUCCCAGAGUUUCUUCAUCCUCUUCUGGAAAUAGUGAUCUGCACUCCAGACGUCUUCGACAGCAAGAGCGAGAGCUUGCUAGCCACAUUCUCCAGAACCCUCAACCUCAAACAGAUGUUCACCUCGGUGACGCGUCCUCUCCAAACCCAUACCCUUCGAUACCUUACUACGAACCGUACUCUCCGGCAGGUGCACCGCCACCAAACCUAUAUGCUACAGGGCAGAUGUGGUCUCCUAUGCCGCCUAUGCCGCCUCCGCUACAGAUUGCAUACACACCGCAGUCUCCGGAAACCACAUAUGGUGUACCAAUGGCUCUGCAGCAUCACAUGGUUGCUCCCGAUGCCUUGGUCUCACAAGGCACCCCUGUAUACCCACCAAACUAUCUGCCAUAUACUCCAGAACCGGAUUUGACCAAGACCACGGUAGUGGGAUACGAGCUUCUCGCUGACAAGUUGAAUAAAUCUUCCAAAAGCAAUGGUCAUCUCCCACGAGUGGGGCAUAUCGCACCUUUGUACCGCAAAUUCGGAAACUUGAAUCAUCGGGUUCUGCUUCAUCUACAAGACGAGAUCAGUGAAUUGGAAGAAGAGCUUCGCUAUCUCGACGAGUCUAUCGCCCAGACCUCAUCCAGGGAUGAAGCAGGACAUAUCCACCCUGCCUCGAGGCGAGGUGACGCCCGCAAUGGUAGCGAGUUGUCUUGUAAAAGAACGGAGCUGCUCGGCCGCAUUUUCCAAAAGAUAGGACAAUACAAUAAAGCACUAUCUUCGUUUAGCAACGUGAUAAACAACUUGGAGCCUGCUAGCACGGAAGACAUCCGUUCUUAUCGCAAAUGGAUGGAAAAGCGUGCGCCAAUCGACCAUGCAGAGUCCCGCUUCCUUGAGCGCAAGGAUGACCUCGUUAAGGUUUCGCGAACAAAGCCUGCAAACGCCAGAGAUGAGCAACCACAUUCCGCAGUAGUCUGGCUUCCGCUAGUUCUUGUGCUUCCUCUCAUGGCGUUCGCGAUGGUGCCCAACCUGCUUGGACGACUCUUCGUUCUUCUGCUUAUCGGCGCCACUGAGAUCAUGUUGGUCACGUCGACACCUGGGCUGAUGAACUUCAUGACCGUCCAGGAAUGGACCGGUAUUGCCUCCAUCUAUUUCGGAGUAAUGGCGCUGCUCGCCGCCCUUACGCACUGACUCUGACUCGGGAACUGUGGACGGGCCAUGUCUGGCGCCACGAGAUCGACGCGCAUAGACAGGUGUUGAGCCAGGCACACCCGUCUUGCCCGACGGCGUCCUUGGAUUGCGGAG